AUGAAAAUAUUGUUGCUCUUUGCAUGUUUUGUGUUUGCUCAAGCCGAGUGCUGUAAGAACGAUCAUAUCACAUUAUAGACUAUUAUCAACUGGGGGCUGAGCACUACUGUCAAGAAUGUUGCUACUGGUAUGAUGGAGAUUGGUUCUGUGAAACCUAUUAAUAUUGCUACACUUUUAUUGCCAUCACGAUUUCGAUCUGGAUUGCCAUCUGUUUAAUAUAUACCGCCCUCUAUUUUUAUGUUCGAAAUACGACGAUGCGAAGAAUUGCUCUGAUCCACAAUAGAGCAGCUUAAGCCCAAAGAGAAAAUAGUGCUAUCAACACUUCAAAAAGAGAUGAAAUGCCGAAUCCCACCAUCGAAGUAGGAGUGAUGGAUGUUCAAAUAUCGAAUGAUUAAUUAUGA